AUGAUGCAGCCCACUACCCCCGGCCCGUCCUCGGAUCGACGGGAUCCCGUGAAAGGCAGUCCCAGCUCGCUCCAGGAAAGCAACAAGCCAUUCCCACAGCACGGCCACCAGCGCCUCGUCUUUACCGAUCCCGUCGCCUUGCGAUACCUCGAAGAAGACCCCUCGACCGAUGUGCUCCAUCGUCGCACAACCCUCCAGGGCUACGAGCUCUACAUCGUCGAGCAAUGGGCCUGCUCCCGAACCCAUCCCACCUUCGUCAUCUCGACCUACACCGGCGAUCCCGCGCACAAGGUGAUUGUCGGGGUCCUCAGCGUUCCCACCGAUGAGAGUACAUGGUCGCCGCGGUUGCAAUUGUAUUUCGAUGCUGUGAAGCAGUAUGGUGCGCGGAAGAAGGAUACACCCCUGGGGACGGUCAUGGUGACGGAUCUGGGUUCAUUCCCUUCCGCCCUGUCCGUCAUUCCGGUGCCCGAGGGCGACAUCAAGAAACACAGAGAGGAUUUUAUUGUCAAUGAGAACUUGAAGAGACUGGGCUGUGCAGGCCGUGCCGGUCUAAAGAUUCAAACGCCGUCAGCGGCUACCGAGGCCAAAUUCCACCAGCUAUACCGAACGAGUGAGAAGGUGCCUCUCUACCACGCCGUCUUCGAGCUGGUCAAGCAGUGUCAGGUCGCUUUGUUGGUUUUCGGCAAACUCGCCCCGGAGUACAUUGAUGGCCUACUCUGUGACGUGACCGAAGGGGCUGUCGCCGACUGGUGGACAGAUAUCGGGACGGACCUGUACAAUCUUGAGCCGAGCGACGGCAACUUGGGACCAACGAGCGUGGCUGCUCUGCUGGGCACCCUUCUGGGCGCUCGGAACCGAUUACAUGCCUACGGAGCACCCGUAGCCAAGGAUGCUUUCGACAUUUCCUCGCUAAAGAGAGGAAUUGGCAAUUUCCAGAAAUCGCAGAAGAUGGCUCGGACACGGAGACUGGACCGACAAACCUUGGAUCGACUCCAUCGGGUCACGGCCAAGGCGGCGAACGCUGAAGGAUGGACGGACGCAGUGAAAUCCACAAUGGCCGAGCUCAGCGGACAAGGAGGCGAGAUGGUCAUGGGAAUGGUUCGCGGCCGCGAGAAAGGCGGUAUUGCCGAUAUUGAAACCCUCGACCUGGACACCUUUGUACAGUGCUGCUCGGGAGAACGAGCGAAAUGGUUGUGGCUGGGCAAGCCACGCAAGAGUGGGCUUGAUGACCGCUUCACUCGCGGGCCAGCAGCGGACAUGAUGUUCACGACCGAUGAGCAAGGUGGUUACGUCUGGACAAGUCAAAGGAGAAACUCGACCCAGGAUUUGUUCGCUGAUCGACUGGGCGCUGCAUUCGACCGCCCCAGUAAGGUGUUGGAGCCUUCCUCAGAGGAAAGGGACCCGAGACGAAAAGGUGUCAGCGGACGAGUCUCGGAUGCACGGGCAGGGCUGGGCCGCUUCAAGGAUGCGGUUGGGUUGCCGGGUCUUCGCUCACAUCACAGCAAGCCAUCACGAGAUGGCGUAGUGACACACGACUUAGCUUAUCAUCUACCGAUUGACAGUGACACGGAGAUACCACCACCGGCCAAGGAGCAGUCUACCUUCGCCUUGCUAUCUGAACCCAAAAAGGAGAUUUCAAGCCAACCACUCUCCGAGGAUGACCUUGAGCCUCUAAGUGCGAUCGAGUCCGACACUAAAGCACCUGAGAUUCAUAUUCAACCUGCACCUCAAGCCCAAGAUUUCGAGUCACCACCACAGCCGUCGGACCAGCGUGCAGUGGAGCAGCCUUCUCGAGGACGGGAAACGGAGUUAGACAUGGACCGCACGAGAACUCGGUCCACUGCAGCGUCGAGCGAACGAGAAGAACAAGUCCCCGGACUGGCCCUCAUGGCCCUACGACGGCCUCAAAGCUGUGGUGAUUUCAACCAGGCCGAUAAACAGCUAUACCGCCGAGACAACUAUUAUGCUCGUCAUCUGUCCUUUACUGCCGUCGAGGAAGUCGUGCUGGGCUGGGAGCCACUGAUCGGCAAGGUGUCUGUUAACGACACCGCCGAAGGUACGCUGGAGGAGGCAAUUAUCCAAGAAGACAUACUUGCCUCCGAGGCGCGGAUCUUCAGCUCUCGAAUGCUCGAGCUGAGUCAAUACACCGCCCCCUGGGUCGAGCGGCAGGUGGAUUCUGUCGAUGGCCUGAACCAAAUCCUGUACGACCGACAUGAAGAACUCAAUUCCGUCUACCUGGAACGACUGGGCGAGUUCCAACGACUCCGCGAACGAUCCAGCGACCUGCUCACCGACGAGCAAGCCCAUCUCGGCGACAGCGUGAAGCGCGUGGAGCUACUGGGCGCCAAACUCGACUACGAACUACAUGUGCUAGAGUCCAAGGUCGAGGACGUGGAGGACGGACUGAGCGAUUUCGAGCGCCACAUCGUGAACGUCGAGACGAGAAUGAAGGCCCUCGUCCGGAACGAGGAGCAGCACAGUGGCUCAUCGUGGGUUACCUGGCUGGGCCGGUCCAUUGGAUUCAACAUGCAGUGA